GAAAAAAUUAACUCCGCGGACAACGAAAUCAGAUUUUUUUUUUGAUCUUGCCAUUUUAUUUCUGGCUAGCUAGUAACGUUAGCUAUGGCGAAGAGAUUCCCAUUCUCUCCAAGCCAAAGCAAAAACCUAAAGUUUGGUGAAGCUUCUUUUGAGAUUUUAUCAGACUUUCUCAUAAAUCUCAAUAUCAGAAACAAAGAUAAACUGAGCAAUUUAUCACGUUACAGUGGGGAUUUUAAAGACAAAAGAUUGAUAGAAUGCGUUUUCCUUGUCACAGAAGAGUUAAGACUUGACCCCUUGGUUGGAUAUCAUGCUGUUGAAUUACUUGAAAGGUUUAUGAUAAAGCACCUGGAGGAUCUGUUUUCAACACCACACACACCUGCAGGGGCAGCAGGUGUCCAUAAAGGAAAUUACGAGGACCUUGUUUAUGAGAAACUGAGUGAGAAGUUCCAUCUCAUUCUCCUCUCUUGUGUGCAAAUAGCAAGCAAACUGUCUUUGCACAGUGCUGUGGUUGACAACAACACAGCAGCGCAGUUUCUUCACUCGAUGGGCCACAGCGUUUCCAAACAAACUAUCAUGGACAUGGAGCUGAUGAUCUUGAAAGCACUUGACUUCAGGCUAAACACCCCCAACCCUCUGACUUAUGUUGAGAUACUCCUGGAGGUGCUUGGGCACAAUGACUCUUCUAUCCCUGUGGAGCACCUGCAUCACCUCAGCAGACAUGUGCUCCAGUUCACCUACCUCCAGAGGACAGCCAUCUAUGACUCCCUGCUCAAGGCCACCACUCAGUGCCUGAGCCCAUCUGACGAACAGAGAAAGACUUUUGUGUCGGUGACUGAAGACUGCAUGCUUCUUGGUGUUGGUGUCAUUGCUGUGGGUGCAUACAUCCUCAAUGUCACUAACUGGGAACAGGUAGUGGAGGAGCUGAGUCACAUCACAGGGAUCUCAGUGAAGAGCAUCAGUGAUUUCACACAUGUUACACUGAUGCACAUUACCAAGAACAACUCUCCCAUGGUCACAGCAACUUGA